AUGCCAAACAAGUUCGAAACAGGCCACUCUCCCCCAGAUGACGAGGUUGACUUCAAAGCCGAUGUUGACGAAUCGUCUCCCCGGAUGUCUGAUAUCGCACUCCGCAAGAAGAAAAAUGCUGACGCCCAGGCUGCCUUUCGUCAAAGGCGCGCCAAUUAUAUCGCGACCCUCGAAGAGACAGUUACUUCGCUGGAAUCCGUGGUUCUCCAGCUUCAAGAUUCCUGCCGCGAAGCCCGUAACGAAGCUGGUGAACUGAGACAGGAUAACGCCCGACUGAGGCACGAGUUACGGGAGCGCGAGAAAUUUUGGAGGGCGCUAUGGCAAGCAAGGAAAACGGGCCAGGUACCCGACACCGAUGACAUCCCAUCAUUGCCGUCAACAUUCCCUGUGCAACCCCAAUCGAAUGUGAUGGGUAAACGCUUGCAUGCAUCACGCCCCGGCCAAUAUAGUGACGAUAGUAUAGGAUACCAAACUGGCGAUGACGCCACCUCCAUGUCCAACGGCAAUUAUACUCCUGCUCCGAGUCACGCCUUCCCGGGCCAUUCGCCCUCACUAUCAUACCCUGGCGUUGAUAACGAACAACUUCCUUCUAGCGGAGCUUCCCACCAAAUGGGCAGUAGUCGGCCUUCAAAGUUUAACCAGUACCCUUACCCUGUGCAAACCAUCAGCCGUGACAGCACUUGGAACCAUAGCAUGCAGCAAAGCUCUUCCUCUAGGUCUCCCACGUUGACCUCGCCGGAAAUGUAUGUCGGCCGUUCUUUCGUCGACGAACAAAAGGUACCUAUCAGUCAGUUGGAAACUGCGCCUUACCUCUUCCCUGGAAGCCGGUCCAUAUCACCGUCCACGUCUACGCCAUCGUCUUCAUCGACGACUUCCCUGACGUCAUCAUUCCAAUUUGCCUUUCCCCCUGAGAACUCAGGAAUUUCACGGGACCGCACGGAAUUCGACUAUCGCCGACACUCCACCACACACAGUGCCGAAGUAACACUCCAUGGAGGCACCGCUGACUUAUCGCUGUCAAGUGUCGGAAGCGAAGGCGUGAGGUACAGAAUUGGUCCACGGCGUGCAAAUUCAGGCCCAGAGCGUCCGUUGCUACCAUCUCUGCCUCACUUUUCUGGUGGUGAGGGUAACUCUCAUCACGAACGCGGCAGUAGUGAGGGAGAAGCAGGUUCAUGCUCCCAGCAUUCUAAGUUACGUCCUCGACGCGGCGCUGAAAGGGCGGCCUCGCGAUCACCCUCUCCUAGUACUCCACCAAUUUCCGGUACCUUGGCGGUGAUCAAAGCCCAGGCAUUCGGAGCUUUGCGUAGGACACGGAUGCGGACUAAGAAGUCCUCCGAAGGAGCCGCGAAGGUGGCGAUGGAAGUAUUAGAAGCCAGAGGCAUUGGCAUGGGAGUGAUGACUGGCUCCAAGCGGCCCCGCCUUCAAGACGAUCACGGUGAGCUGCAAACCUGA